AAACAUUGAAGAUUCUUUACAAAAGCAAAAUUAUGGUACAGUUUUGCUAGCUUGCUCCUACCAAGUACCGAGUUCAUGACUUAACUCUAAACCCAUGGCUUCCACCAGCAGCAAUAUUAUUGAAACAGCCCCAUCUACACCUUCCUCUUCUUUUUCUAAACCCCAAUCGAAAUACGAAGUUUUCCUCAGUUUCAGAGGCAAAGAUACCCGCAAUACUUUUGCCGACCAUCUCUAUCACGCUUUGGAUUUUUAUAAAGGGAUUAGAACCUUCAGGGACGAUGAGGAUCUUGAGAUUGGAAGACCCAUUAAACAGGAACUCUUGGAUGCAAUCGAGACAUCGAGAAUGGCAGUCAUCGUUUUGUCAAGCGACUACGCAUCUUCCUCGUGGUGCUUGGAAGAACUUGCAAAGAUUGUUGAAUGCAUGAAAGAACGAGGGAUGAGAGUCUUGCCCGUUUUCUACCACUUGGAUCCUAGUGUUGUGCGCUAUCAAAAUGGCACUUUUAAAGAGGCCUUUGCUAAACAUGAAGAACGUUUCAAGGAGAAGAUAGAGAUGGUGCAAAGGUGGAGAGCUGCUUUGAAAAAAGUGGCCGAUCUCUCCGGACGUCAUUUAGAGGAUGGGCAGUCUGAGUCAAAGUUUAUCGAAGACAUUGUUGAAAAGAUAUCUCAAGAAUUGAAUGAUAUGAAUGAUAUGAUCAAUGAUAAGAAUGGCCUUGUUGGAAUUGACUCUCGCGUUCAGGAAAUCAUGGAUUUGUAUAUGGAUAUGGCGUCGGAUGAUGUUUGCUUUAUAGGGAUAUGUGGGAUGAGUGGAAUCGGCAAGACAACUCUUGCACAAGCUGUUUUUGAAAGGAUCCGUCGCCAAUUUCAAGCUAGCAGCUUUCUCAGUGAUGUCAAAAGACGUGAUUUAGGUGAUUCACAAGAUCAACUCCUUCAGGAUAUGAAGUUGAAAAAAGGUGAAAUGCCAAUUAGAUGGGAUGUGCUUAAGGGCAUCAGAGCGACAAGUACCAGACUAAGUAACAAAAAGGUUAUUAUUGUUCUUGAUGAUGCGGAUGAAGAAAAGUUGGAAAAAUUAGCAGGUUUCCAUGAGUGGUUUGGCCCAGGGAGUAGAAUCAUCAUAACUACAGAAGAUAAGGGUUUGUUGCGGAGGAGAUGUGGAAAGAAAAAUGUAUACAAUGCUAAAAAACUGAAUGCAUCUGAUGCUCUGCAGCUCUUUAGUCGAGAAGCCUUUGGCAAACCCCAAUGUGAAAAAGAUUUAUUGGAUAUAUGCAAUGGUUUUGUAAGUUAUGUUGACGGCCAUCCUCUAGCUCUUAAAAUUCUGGGUUCCUCCAUGCAUGAUAUAUCAAAAAUAGAUCUAUGGAAAGCUGAGCUGGAAAGACUAAGAGAAAGUGCUGAACUUCCUAAAGACGACAGAAUUCAAACAGCACUGAGAAUCAGUUACAAUGGAUUGAGUACUCAAAAGAAAAAACUGUUUUUAGACGUUGCAUGUUUCUUCAAUGGGGAGGACAAAAAUCGAAUAGCAGAUAUACUAGAAGGUUCUGGUUGCAUCCCAGAGAUUGAUAUAAAGGCUCUUAUUGACAAAUCUCUCAUUACUAUUUUAGGAGGAAAAUUGUGGAUGCAUAAUUUACUUCAACAAAUGGGUUGGGAAAUUGUCAAUCAGGAAUGCAUGGAAAGACCCGGAAAGCGCAGUAGAUUGUGGCUUUGUGAGGAUGUCCUUGAAGUACUAAACAAUAGUAAAGUAAGUGUUAUAGUAUUAUAGACAUGAACU